UGUUCCCUAGUAACCCACAUGGUAACCGAUCUCCCUGUGUUUUGACUUUCGGCGCUAAGAGAUAAUCAGAAGUAUAAGGGGCUCUUUUAUUUGAAUCCGUCAGUCUUUACAUCUCACGUUAAUUUAAAUAGCACAGUUAUGAAGAUCGAGGAGGUAAAAAGCACCACAAAGACGCAGAGGAUCGCCUCGCACAGUCACGUUAAGGGACUGGGUCUGGACGAGGCCGGGAACGCUAAACAGUCCGCAUGUGGGCUGGUGGGGCAGGAGGCUGCGAGAGAGGCUUGUGGCAUCAUUGUUGAGUUGAUCCGCUCAAAAAAGAUGGCAGGGAGGGCGGUCUUACUUGCAGGACCACCUGGAACGGGAAAAACUGCCCUCGCUCUGGCUGUAGCGCAGGAGUUGGGAAACAAGGUGCCUUUCUGCCCCAUGGUCGGCAGUGAGGUCUACUCAUCUGAGAUUAAAAAAACAGAAGUACUGAUGGAGAAUUUCAGGAGGGCAAUCGGACUGCGCAUCAAAGAAACAAAGGAGGUGUAUGAAGGGGAGGUGACAGAGCUGACCCCCUGUGAAACGGAGAAUCCUAUGGGCGGCUACGGAAAAACCAUCAGCCACGUCAUCAUCGGUCUGAAGACGGCCAAAGGCACAAAGCAGCUCAAGUUGGAUCCGAGCAUCUACGAGACCCUUCAGAAAGAACGUGUGGAAGUGGGAGACGUCAUCUACAUUGAAGCAAACAGUGGAGCUGUCAAGAGACAAGGGCGUUGUGACACCUUUGCAACAGAGUUUGACUUGGAGGCAGAGGAGUACGUACCCCUUCCCAAAGGUGAUGUCCAUAAAAAGAAGGAGAUAGUCCAAGAUGUCACACUGCAUGACCUGGAUGUUGCAAAUGCCCGACCACAGGGAGGUCAGGAUAUUCUCUCCAUGAUGGGACAACUGAUGAAGCCCAAAAAGACAGAGAUCACUGAUAAGCUUCGUGCUGAGAUCAACAAGGUGGUCAACCGCUAUAUAGACCAGGGAGUUGCAGAGCUCGUACCUGGCGUGCUGUUUGUGGACGAGGUGCACAUGCUUGACAUCGAGUGCUUCACGUAUCUCCAUCGUGCGCUAGAGAGCACCAUUGCCCCUAUUGUUGUGUUUGCCUCAAACAGGGGCAACUGUUUAAUCAGGGGCACUGAGGACAUCUGCUCUCCACAUGGCAUUCCUCUGGACUUGCUGGAUAGAGUCAUGAUCAUCAGGACCAUGCUGUACACUCCACAGGAAAUGAAGCAGAUCAUCAAGAUCCGUGCUCAGACUGAGGGAAUCAAUAUCAGCGAGGAAGCUCUCACACAUCUGGCAGAGAUUGGCAACAAGACCACACUCAGGUACGCCGUGCAGCUGCUGACACCAGCCAGUCUGCUGGGCCGUGUUCAGGGAAAAGAAACCGUGGAGAGAGAGCAGAUCGAGGAAAUCAAUGAGUUGUUCUACGAUGCCAAGUCUUCAGCUAAAAUCCUCCAAGAUCAGCAUCACAAGUUUAUGAAAUGAAGUUCUAGUUUUUCAGUCUGCAGGGUUGCUGUUAUCACUUUUCCAUCUUUCUUCUCCAUUGUAGCUGCUUCUAAUGUUCCAGCCAAUGAUUCCCAUUUACUGUAGUUUUGUUCCAGUAAGUUCAAAGUUUUAUUUGUUUUAUUUGUUGACAAUUUUUGAAUAAAAAGGUAAAAU